AUGAUGCGGCUGCCGCAGACAACGCGAUGGCCUGCCAUGGUCACAGCAGCUGCUGCGGCUCGGAGGAGGUUCGUCCGGCAAGGGCCGGCCGCGCUGGCGCGGCCGUCGGCGCCUGGCGCCUCCCGCCGCAGGCUGGUCACGGAGGUGGCCUCGGCUGCGCAAUACGAGGAGCUGCUCAGAGAGCCGCAGCCGCCCGCGCUGGUGUUCUACACGGCUGCGUGGUGCGUGCCGUGUAGGGAGAUGGAGUCCUACGUGAAGGGCAUCAGCGACGACAGGCCCCGGCGGCUCAGGGUGCUGCGGGUGGACGUGGAGGAGCACGCGGACCUCGCCAGAAGAGAGUCUCUCAGCACCUCCCUGCACCUGGUGAGACAGCGGGAGCGACGUCGCAGCAGCAUCUUCAGCUGGGGUGUCGGCGCCCUGAUGUGA